CCGCCGCGGAGCCCCCUGCCCGCCGCGGAGCCAUGUCGCGGCCCAGGCACGUCCCGCCCAGGCAGCCCGGGAGGGGCGCGGGGGGCUCGGGCACCGCCGCGGCGGCGGCCCGCGUCCGAGGCGGCAAAGGUCUGAGGGAUGUCCGCGUGGACGAGGAGGUGGAGAUCGCGGUGAACCUCGCUCUGGAGCGGUUCCGCUACGGAGAGGACACAGAAAUGGAAUUUCCCUCUUCUUUCACUAGUACUGAAAGAGCGUUUGUUCACCGGCUCUGUCAGUCUCUUGGACUGAUAUCUAAAAGUAAAGGAAAAGGGGCAAAUCGAUACCUAACUGUAAGGAAAAAGGAUGGAUCAGAACUAAAACGUGCAGUAAUGACUUGUGCCUUGACUCCUGUUACAAAACAUGCUGUUUGUACUUUAAUUCGGAAUUUUCCUGUCACAAAUAAAGAACGAACAGAACUUCUGCCAAAGACAGAGCGAGGAAAUGUGUGUGCUGUUGAAUCUGAGAGCAGAGAAGUGAUUAAGACAAGUGGACGACUUAAUGAUGGUAUACCCCAGGUUCCAGUGAAAAGAGGAGAAUCAGACUUUGAUUCCUUCAGGCAAUCACUACCAGUUUUUGAAAAACAGGAAGAAAUUGUCAAAAUAAUAAAGGACAAUAAAGUUGUUUUGAUUGUAGGAGAAACAGGAUCAGGAAAAACUACUCAAAUCCCUCAGUUUAUUCUUGACGACUGUUACAAAACUGGAACUCCCUGUCGUAUAUUUUGCACUCAGCCAAGACGUUUGGCAGCACUUGCUGUGGCUGAAAGAGUGGCAGCAGAAAGAAGAGAAAAGAUUGGCCAGACCAUUGGUUAUCAGAUCCGAUUAGAAAGCAGGGUUUCUCCAAAGACAUUGGUAACAUUUUGCACUAAUGGCAUCCUGCUUCGCACGCUCAUGGCAGGAGACAGCACCCUGUCUAAUGUGACACAUGUUAUUGUGGAUGAAGUACAUGAGAGGGAUAGGUUCAGUGACUUCUUGUUAAUAAAACUGAGAGAUGUGUUGCAAACCCAGACUAAUUUAAAACUCAUUAUUUCUAGUGCAGCUCUAGAUGCAAAUCUCUUUAUUAGGUAUUUUGGAUGUUGUCCAGUAAUACACAUCCAAGGAAGACCUUUUGAAGUUAAAGAAAUGUUUUUGGAGGACAUUUUACGAAGUACUGGGUAUACAAACAAAGAGAUGAUAAAGUACAAAAAAGAGAAGCAGCAAGAAGAGAAGCAGCAAAGCUCUCUUACUGAAUGGUGUUCUGCUCAAGAAAAUAAUAGCACACUAGAACCUCAGAGACAAAAAUCUGUCCCAAGGGCAACGGAAGAGUGUAAUCUGUUGGGUGAUGGCGGUGACACAGUAUUUAAUCAACUGGCUGAAAAAGAUGUGAAUUGCCUUGAACCAUGGCUAAUAAAAGAAAUGGAUUCUUGUCUUUCUGACAUCUGGUUGCAUAAAGAUAUUGAUUCCUUUGCUCAGGUGUUCCACCUCAUUUUAACUGAAAAUCUCAGCGUUGAUUAUAGACACAGUGAAACCAGUGCGACUGCACUAAUGAUUGCUGCAGGGAGAGGCUUUUUGAAUCAAGUAGAACAACUGAUCAGUAUGGGAGCAAGUAUCCACUGCAGAUCAUCUAAUGGCUGGAUGGCUGUGGACUGGGCUAAGCGCUUUGGACAGACAGAGGUUGUUGACCUGUUGGAAUCCUACAGUGCUUCAGCAGGAUUUGGAAAUUUGGAUGAAAGUUCCCUGGUCCAAACAAGUGGUAGUGACCUUAGUGCAGAGGACAGAGAGCUAUUGACAGCUUAUCAUCACAGUUCUGAUGAUGAAAAAGUGGAUCUGGACCUGAUUAUGCACUUACUUUAUAACAUCUGUAAUAGUUGUGAGCCUGGAGCAAUUUUAGUAUUUCUUCCUGGAUACGAUGAGAUAGUGAGCCUGAGGGACCGUAUUCUUUAUGAUGACAGGAGGUUUGCUGAUAAUGCUCACAGGUACCAGGUUUUCAUGCUUCAUUCAAAUAUGCAGACUUUGGAUCAGAAGAAAGUGCUUAAAAGUCCACCUUCUGGUGUCCGCAAAAUAAUUCUUUCUACAAAUAUUGCAGAAACCAGCAUAACAGUCAAUGAUGUUGUAUUUGUUAUUGACUCAGGCAAGGUGAAAGAGAAGUCUUUUGAUGCACUAAGUUGUGUUACAAUGCUAAAGAUGGUGUGGAUUUCAAAAGCCAGUGCUAUCCAGAGAAAAGGCAGGGCUGGUCGCUGUCAGCCUGGAGUCUGUUUUCGUCUCUUCAGCAGGCUCCGAUUUCAGAAUAUGUUGGAAUUUCAGACUCCAGAACUUCUAAGAAUGCCACUUCAGGAGCUUUGUUUGCACACAAAACUUCUGGCUCCUAUUAAUUGUUCAGUUGUUGACUUUCUUAUGAAAGCUCCUGAUCCUCCACCAGCUUUAAUUGUGAGAAAUGCUCUGCAAAUGCUCAAGACUAUAGAUGCCAUGGACCCUUGGGAAGAUCUCACUGAACUUGGUUAUCAUCUCACUGAACUGCCGGUAGAGCCACACCUUGGUAAAAUGGUGUUGUGUGCCGUAGCUUUGAAGUGCCUGGAUCCUGUUCUUACCAUUGCUUGUGCUCUUGCCUACCGAGACCCCUUUGUCCUUCCUGCACUGGCCUCUCAAAAGCGUGCAGCCAUGCUCUGCAGGAAACGUUUUACUGCAGGAACAUUUAGUGACCAUAUGGUGCUUCUCAGGGCUUUCCAGGCGUGGCAGAAAGCACGCAGUGAUGGCUGGGAGAGAGCCUUCUGUGAAAAGAACUUCCUGUCUCAAGCCACAAUGGAAAUCAUUGUAGGAAUGAGAACGCAGUUGCUUGGCCAGCUUAGGGCCUCAGGUUUUGUUAGAGCCAGAGGAGGAGCUGAUAUCAGAGAUGUUAAUACUAACUCUGAAAACUGGGCUGUAGUUAAAGCUGCCCUAGUGGCUGGGAUGUAUCCCAAUCUUGUGCAUGUAGACAGAGAAAGCCUGGUUUUGACUGGACCAAAGGAGAAGAAAGUGCGAUUUCAUCCUACCUCUGUGCUUAGUCAAACUCAGUAUAAAAAGAUUCCCCCAGCAAAUGGCCAAACUGCAGCUGUUCAGGCACUCCCAACAGACUGGCUUAUAUAUGACGAAAUGACGAGAGCUCACAGGAUAGCGAACAUCAGGUGCUGUUCUGUGGUAACACCUGUCACUGUGGCACUCUUCUGUGGACCAGCUAGAUUACCAAGUAAUGCUUUGCAGACAUCUUCAUCCUUUCGAGGGGGUGGGGUAUCUAAUGAGAGCAGUGACAGUGAGAUGGAGGACAAAACUGCUAAUUUAUCACUACUGAAGCUAGAUGAGUGGCUCCAUCUCAGACUGGACCCUGAAGCUGCUGAUUUGCUGUUGCAACUUAGACAGAAGUGGCAUAGCUUAUUUCUGCGUCAUAUGAGAGCUCCUUCAAAGUCGUGGUCUCAGGCUGAUGAAGCAACUGUAAGAACAAUUGUAGCUGUUUUAACUGCUGAAGAACAGUCUGCAGGUUUGCAGCAGCCUUCAGGAAUUGGUCAGAGACCAAGACCUGUGGCUUCUGAAGAACUUCCUUUAGCAUCUACACGGAGGUCAGGCAACAGCAGAAAAAGUGCAGCAGAAACUGAAUUCUCUGACUCCUCUAAUGCUGAAAAAGUUUUAAUGAAAUCUACACCUCCUGCACUUCACCAGGCAAAGAAGUACAAACGAAAAAAUAUUUUACACUCCAAACAAACUUCAGAUGACAGGUCAGAUCGAUCAUCAGUGAAAUCUGCAGACAGCAGUAGCUAUCCUAGCCCUUGUGCUAGUCCUUGUUCUCCAAUAUCUGGAAAGUAUUCCAAAUCUCCUUCACCAAGACAAAAUAUGCCAGUUCGGUACUUUAUAAUGAAAAGUAGCAACUUGCAGAACAUUGAUAUUUCUCAACAGAAGGGUAUAUGGUCCACUACACCAAGUAAUGAGCGAAAACUGAAUGGAGCCUUUUGGGAGAGCAGCAUGGUUUACUUAAUAUUUUCUGUUCAAGGGUCUGGACACUUUCAGGGUUUUGCUAGAAUGGAUUCAGCAGUAGGGUAUGAGAAAAGUCAAGACUGGGGAUCUACUGGUUUUGGAGGUGUAUUUAAGGUGGAGUGGAUCCGAAAAGAAAGCAUUCCUUUUCAGUUUGCACACCAUUUGCUCAACCCUUGGAAUGACAAUAAGAAAGUACAAAUAAGCAGAGAUGGCCAGGAGCUGGAACCACAAGUUGGAGAGCAGUUGCUGCAGCUUUGGGACCAUAUUCCUUCAGCAGGAAAAAACUCAACUGAUUAAGCAUGUCAGAUAAUGUGAUGGAGCUGUGGUUGUUGGAACAUCAGCUCUAACCACAAGAACCAGCAAUGUGUCUACAAUAUAAAGAUGAGGAAGAACGUGGCACAACAGAUUCCUUCCUGAAGCUGCUAGUCAUACUGUGCAGCUAGAGUGGAAAAAUAAGAGGGAAUUAUGUUGGUUUCAGUGUUUCCUUGUCUUAACAAGUGUCAAUAACAUUAUCCACCAAUCUGUUUUUGACUGAAUUAUUUUUUCUACAGUAGCAUCCAGUAGAUAUUUAAAAACAUGGUAAAGUUCAACUGAUUUUGAAACAAUGCAACACCUGUAAGUUAUUCUUGGGUUUAAAGUAGCUCAGCAGACUGUUUAAACAUGUAGUUCACAUUUAAAGACUUCUCCAGUAAAAUCCAGUAAAAUAUGUGAAAGAAACAAGUGUAAUGUUAAUUAACCAAUCUUGCAGUUUGCGUAAAAGAAAUAAAUUGAGAAUACAUGGCUCCAAAUAGAUUAGAGGAUUCCAUAAGUGUUUGUAUGGCAGUGCAAAUUUCUAUAUGACAGUGCAAGAGAGCAGGAUAUAUUCAUACAAACACUUAGACAGCUGGAGAAUAUUACUUUUUAAUUUAAAUUCAUGAGACUUGAGUGUGGGUUAGUCCAGUAGUGUUUCCAGUUUCAAAUAUUUUUUGCCUUUAAGAAGUACUCACACUUGGAUAAGCUGGAACAGUCUUUCAGAGGCCUGUUGCCAAAUGGCGGUCUAAUAGUUCACUAACUUGGGCAUUAUUAGAAGAUUUUUACUUCUUUUAUAAAAAAUAAAAAAUAAUUAGCAGUACCACUUCUGUCAUCUUUCAGUGUAAUUCAUGCUUCCUUUCUAUACCUUGUCUUUCAAGUUCUUUUCUUUCUUCCAUACUACUGUUGUUUUGCUUUAUUUCACUUUUCCGUAGUCUUUAACAUACUGUACUAUAAGGCUGGUAUAAAUACAGUCUGUUUAUUGUCAGCACUAUGUUUGUGGUCAUUCUCAGGUUAAGAGCUUUUUCUGCUCCUGAGCUGCUACUUAGUUUCUCACAGGAUAUUCUCACAAAUUUACCCUGUAUAUUUGUUCUUACAUUCUGUGUAGUGACUUCCAUACGUAAACUGUCGGUUUUAGUAGGUUUACUGCCAAGACUAGCAGGGUCUGUGUAAUGCUGUAAUGCCUAAUGCAGUGUUUCUGGAGAUGGUGCACACAAGGGAGCUCUGAGGCUCGUGUUACCUUAUACAGUACUUGCAGACCUGUGCCCACAAAGAAAUCUGGGGUGUAUUGCCCUGUAUAGGAUUACGGGUCCCCAUGCACUGCAAGGACAGAGCUGGCACAGAAGGAGAGCAGGGGCAGGCGUAGUGUUUGGUUAAGGAGCCUGAAGAGGGCUUCUGCGGCUUGAUGAUAAGAACAGUCCAGCCAAGGACUUUGCAUUCCUCAAGGGCAUUGUCUGAUGAGGUAGGUCUCUUGUUUGGAGAAGAGAUUGUGCCCUGCUACCUGAGUCACAGCCACAGUCAUGUAAUUUUUGGCAUGCCCAGAUGUUAUGUCUCACCCAGUCUUGAAGGAUUAUUUGACUUGCUCUUGUAACAACCCAGGUAAUUGUACUACCGAUCUGUAUUUUUGCCAGUACUGUUUUUUGGAGAUGGACUGUUUGUCCCUGAAGCUGUUGGUCUGGUGUUUGUAACCGUAUUCUGUAACUUGGCACGGCUGCCUUAAGCCCUUACACUCUGGUGUUAGAAGUCGGAUGUGAUACACUGCAUCAUGGGCAGCCCUGACCCUGUAGCAGGUGCCUCAGUUUGAUUACUUCGGGACUUUGCCAUGCCCAUGCAUGUCAGACUCUACUUUGAUUAGAGCAAGUCAGAUGGAUGGAAACACAAAGGAGAGUUCCCCUUAUAUCUUUUAGAGAUACUGAGCAGGACUUGAAGCAAUGCAGUUUACUACUUACAAAAAGAUCCAUCCCUUACCCAGCAAGACCCUGGGGCUGUGAUAGAGGAGAAGGCUUUAGCCCCUGUCUGUGUUAAAAGCCAUCAGACUAAUGUGGGGAGUAAUGCGUGAUCCUCCAGGUAACAGUAUCUGCCUGUGAAACAUUUGAUCAUUGUCUGGAGGCUGUGGAAAAGGAACUUUCUUUAUGUAGAGUCCCAGAAGACAGGAAUAAUACUUCAUCUGAUUCAGGUUCAGACAAUGCUGUGUCAAGUUCCUCCCAAAUGGAGGACUUGGUAAUCUAACCAGUUGUUAAAACAGAAUGUGAUGCUUGACAGGUACCACUAUAUGCUCUUUCACAAGCACUGAUGUAACCGAACUAAGCGGAUGCUGUCACAAAUCUGUUACUGUAAACUAUUUAAGCUGGCUGGCAAAUAUGUUAUACAGCAGAUGGAGGACACCAUUUGAGUUUCAGACUGGAAAGCCUGGAGUCUCACUUUGGGAUCUGGGAUCCAACUACAGUUUCCAGCAGGAAGUGCAGAUACUCUCUUCCAGGCGGCACUAGGACAUGUUCAGAGAAGUACCCCAAAAUGAUUGAGGACCCCUGGGCCAGUCCCACAGAUUUGGACUGAGUUUGGCCAGGGUGGUCAUCAGUCAUGCUUUAGAAGUAGCACCUAUGGCAGAGGAACAUUGUGUGGACAUUGUCCCACCUGUUCCUUAAGUGCCUGCUAAUCAAAAAAGGUCCUGGUCCACUUGGAGCACAUUUCAAUAGGCACUGGCCCUACAGGCACAGGAACCAACCUCACAUGGGCUCAUCUCUUACAAAAGUUAGUGUCUGGAGAACAGAUCUAGUGGACUUUUCUUGAUGUUGCUGAAGCAUUUGAAUGUUCAUAAUUCUGCUUGCUUUUAAAUGAUUUGAAAGAAAAAGCUUUGAGAAGCUUCCCUCUGAUCUCUCUCAUUGGAUGAUUACUGUUAUGGCGACCUUGCAGAGAGACUCCUUUAUUUUCUGCACUGUCAUCCAUACAAAUUUAGUAGGUUUCAUCUAGUAGAAAUAAGGACAUCUUUAUGGCUAGCCAUCACUUCAGUUAAAUUGUUGCAAAAUGUCUGUACAGUUAUUUCACUAUGGAGCAAUUAUUUCCCCAUAGUUCUUUCUGCAGAAUCCUCUGCUCUGGUUUCAUGUUGUGACUGUAAGACCACAGCUUUGAAUGUUUUGGAAAACCACUCCUUACAGCCGUCAAGCACCUUCUGGUUUCCUAACCUUGUGUAUUGACAUUCUUUGUUUUCACUUUGUAUCACCUGGGUCCCCAAGGAGACAGAUCUUGGUAACCAUGUGUCUGAUAUUACCUACAGUAUCAUCCCUGGAAGAACUUCAGGGCUGCACCUCUGUACUGGGAUUUUUAGGGACACCUCAUCUGGCUGAUCAUGGCUGAGUGUGAUUAAACUUGGUGAAGUGAAAACUAAAGCAGGAUGAAGGCCACAGAGGUGAAUGUAUCUGAAAAGACAAUUUUUAUCUAUGACGACAAAUGGGAGAAAUAGCCCAUCACCAUCUUCUGUGCAACAGUAAAAAUCCCAUCUUGGAGGUUGUAAGCCAGGAGUGAUUUACUCUGCUUUAAAGUAAAUGAAGUUCUUGCAAGCAAGACCAUUGCCCAUAAACACUGGAGUGAGGAGAAAGGAAACAUAAAUGGAGGACAACCAGAGGUUUGCAAAUUUUUUUCAUACAUGAAAACUUAGCAGUACUGAUUCAGGGCAAUUCUUGUCAUGUUCCUCAAUGCAGCAGGUAAGAUCUUUGCCAGUGGCUCAUGGGAAAACGCUGAGGUGUGCUGCCUUCUCUGGAACAUAAUUCUGAAAAUAGGUAAAAGUGGCAAGCUGUUUUGCCACAGACAGAAUUUGAUUCCUUUUGCUAGGAACAAAAGUAAGUUUGUUAAGUAUUUUUUAAGGGUUUUUUUUGUUAAAUAUUUUACUUUUAUAAAAAUCUUACAUUUCUGUUGGUUAUUUGUUGCAACUACUUAUUCCAAUAUUUGCUUUUUUAAAUUUUUUUUGCCACUAUUGAACUGGUAUAAUUUUUGCUCCAUCAUCCCAACAGCUAUAAAGACAUUUCCUCUGGUCCUUGUGGGUUUAUUUCCUACUGUGAGAUUUUUUGCAGUUUCUGUCAAAAUGAAAUCACAGCUCAUAACUGGCAGAUUUCUCUGAGCUGAUUGGAUCAGUCCAUAUUUACCCUGGGAUGCUUUGUCUUUAAAGUGAAUUAGAGUGGUUUCUGCAAUUACUAAUUUUCCCUCCUUUUUUUUCUCAUGUGGAGCUGAAGUGGUUGUCCCAGAGCAACCACUUUCUAGAUGUAUUCAGUCACUGUCUGAAUGACAUUAGCUGUUAAAAGAAAUUUUUGUCACUGGGCUCUCAUCUCCAUCUGUUGGAUGUAUUGGCACAGAUCAAUUAUGAUACCUAGUAGCUUGAUCUUGGUGCCUUAAAAGAGAGACCCCAUAAAAAGGAAUCCCUGGGCAAUUAUGCACUUGCAAUCUAAACUCCCCAUCCCUCAUGUGACAGUCCAGACCAACACCAUUAUUAGAGUCUGGGGUCUUUUUGCUCUUUGUUGCCUCACUGUUUUGUUACCAAGUGGUUGCUAUGUGAUCCCCUUCACAUCCUCUUAGGUUGGUUUUGGUAGGGGUCAGUUCUGUAGUCCAUGGUACAAUCUGAUUGUUGCAGUUCAUAGACUGUGAUCUCUGAGUUGUCUGGUCCAGCUAUUAAUUUUUAACUAAUAUUUGGGGGAUAACCAUGUCUAUUAUAACUGUUGUUAGUGUUCAUAUUGUUAGCUCCAGGUUUCACUAUGAUCUAUCUUUGACUUAGACAUAGUCAACAUAUAUAGUUUAGAUAAAGUUCAACUUGUGGCUUAACAAUUUUAGCUACUUCUGUCAAGCAAGCACUUAGCUACUUCCAAAUAAUACAAAAUUUUAAACAUUAGUAGUUUGUUUCCUGUUGCUCUACAUUUUUCUUCUAGCACUUAGCUGCACUGUUACCUUUCCUGUGGAUCGUGCUAUGUUGCUUUCAGCCUUCUCUCAGCUGUCUCUGUUGCAUCUUCUAACAGGUACCACGGGCCAGAAGGUGGGUGAUGCUGCUCUGGAUUAAAAGCUUUAUUUGUUGUUUUGAUUCUUUUGACAGAUGUUGAAAGGGUGUUGCCUAGAUCAAAAGUGUAAAUCUAGGUUUAAAGAAAAAUCAUGAAAGUAGACUGAGGGAAUACCCUCAGUAGAGAAUAAAAAUUAAGAGUCCUGAAGAUAUUAAAUAGCAUGCCCAUAAUUAAAUCAGGCAAUUCAGAAAGGUUGUAUUUUAUUUGUGUCAAGCCCAGAAGGAGUUUUAAUGCUAAUUUCAUACCUUGGGGAAUGUGAAAUCAUUAUUUUUUGCCUUGUGUUGUAUAGUGCAUAGCUCUGAGAUUCACAAGCUGAUCUUGUAAGUUUGCCUAUGUGAGUGGUCAUAUUGUAUUUGGUACUGUUGAUAUAUGAGCAAUGGUUGUAGCUCGAGGCUCUUAAAUAAUAUGCCACUUUGUUCUAUCCA